AAACAUUUGACAUAUGCGUUACAACAACAAAAAAAUAUGUUGACUGCUGCAGUACUUUUCUAGUGAAUUAGUUGUACAGUCUCACCAAAUCAUGUCAUUGGCUGAAUUUAAGAUUUUGUUUUAUCUUUCCUGGGACUGAAAACAGUAUUAUUUACAUAACCACGUACCUCAUAAUGUAAAUCGGCAAAAAUAGUGUUUUGUAUCGUCGAAGGUUUUGGGAGUUUUUUGCGAGCUUUUAUCAUAUCUUUAAAAGUCACGUUUGUUCUAUAUAGUAACCGAAGUAGCUGUGGUAUCUGGAUAUCACGAAAUGGUAAUCCUGGUUAGCGAGAUAACCAUAAGGUGCGACUUUGAUAUGAGCUAUGAGGUUUCAUCGUUCCUAUCUCACUCGAGAAAAUUCCCGUAAUCCACAUUCUACAAUCGUGAUCUUUAAAUGUUUCGUUCAUAAUUCUCUUUUUGGAAUCAUGAAAAUUGCAUUUCUGUCUGAUUACAUAUACAUCACAAAAUGUUUAAUUCGUUUAUUCUUACCUGAUUUAAUGACAAUUAAACCAAACAGAAAUACAUCAUCCCCUAGAUCUAUUUAUCAAUCUAUUGGUUGGUAUUUAGAUACUAUUUCAACUAUUUACACAAUUUUUAUAUUAGAACCACUUUUAAAUUGUUUCUCGCUAUAUCUUGGUGGUCGAAAAAAUUUCGGUCGAACUUUAAUCAUAUUAGUUUUAAUUUAUUUAUUCUUAAUUUUAUGUUUAUUGUAUACAAUAUUGGUUCCACGUCGUCUUUUCAUUUUGAAAUCAUGUUAUUUGUAUAAUGAAUAUCAUUCAAUCAAGUGUAGUUUACAUUCCGAAGUUCUUUGGUUUUUAAUACAUUUCGUGUUAAGUCAUUUAAUCAUUGUUAAUGUUUAUUUUCAUUAUUUAUCUGCUGUUUUCAUUAAUCCUGGUAAUGUACCAAAUAUUCAGCAUAAUAAUAAUAAUAAUACUAAUUCUAUAUGUGCACGAUGUUAUAUAUCACGUCCUAUAAGAGCACAUCAUUGUUCUAUUUGUAAAACAUGUAUACUAUGUAUGGAUCAUCAUUGUCCAUGGACAGCUAAUUGUGUUGGUUUGUAUACACAUAGACAUUUUUAUUUAGUAUUAAUAUUUAUGAGUAUUGGUGGAAUAUAUUUACUUACAAUUGGUUGGUCAGAUUUUCGAAGCUAUUUAAUAGAAAUCAAUCAAAAUCAAAUCAAUAUAACUGCAAAAUAUUCAUCGAUUUGGUUCAACCAAUACACAUAUUUACCGUCAAAUGAAUUCCUUAUUCGACUAUUCAAAGGAUGUUUCAUUUUUGGUUCGAUUGCAAUUCCUUUAGUAAUGGCACUCUGCAUUUGGCAUACAUAUUUAAUUAGUAAUGGUGAGACAAGUAUUGAACGUCAUAUCAAUGCAAAAUUCACACAAAUAUUAAAACAACGUGGAGUAAUUUAUCGUAAUCCGCAUAAUUUUGGUAUAUUUUUAAAUUGGAUAAAAUUUCUGUGUCUUAUUGAUAAGCAUGAAAUGGUGAAUUACAAUUUCAAGAAGAAAUCAUUCCAUUUAUAUGUUGUACUUUGUAAAAGGUUUUUUAAUCGUAUUCUGUUACCUUCAUAUCAUGCACCUUAUGAUGAUGGUUUCAAUUAUGAAUUGAAUGUUGAUACUGCAGAGUCAGUUCUCGAAUCUUUAUCCGAAUCUGGAAUGUAUUAAUAUAAUCUUUUUCAUUUCAUAA